AUGGCUACCCCUAGUGUCCUAGCUUUUGACGCUGAGGGUCGCGCCAUUGAUUUUGAGGUUUGGUUAGACGACCUGCAGCUGUUCUUACAGUGCGACAGGGCUGACGACCUUUCUCUCUUUGACCUCACCUCUGGCGCCUCUCCUGCUCCUGCUGCUGAUGCUGAUCCCGCUGUCCGCUCUAAGUGGGCCACCCGCGAUGCUGCUGCACGUCUUGCUAUGCGUCGCCACCUCCCUACCUCUGAGCGUGCGCACUUUAGUCAGUACAAGAGUGCUCAGACCUUGUACGACGCUGUAGUUGCGCGCUACUCCUCCCCUGCCACUGCUGCACUGAGCCGUCUCAUGCUUCCCUACCUCUUUCCUGACCUCUCUGCCUUUCCCACUGUCGCUGACCUCAUUACGCACCUCCGCACUAGUGACACUCGCUACCGCGCCGCCCUUCCUGCUGAGUUCAGCGCUAAGAACCCCCCCCCCAUGUACAUCGCUCUCUACUACGUAGUCGCGCGCCUCCCUGACUCCCUUCGCGUCGGGUGCUCUCCUUCCCCCUUGCUGCCCUCUGUUGCCUCUGCUGCUGCUGCCGACCUGCUUGGUCUUGAGUCGGUCGGCGCGGCGUCUGCCCCUAGUGGGAGACGUCGCUCCAGCAAGGGCAAGGGGGGCAAGGGCGCGGGUGGAGCUGGAGGGGGCGGGUGGCGGUGGCGGCGGUGGCGGCGGAGGGAGUGGGGUGGCGGCGGGACUAGUGGUGGAGGUGGUGGUGGUGGUGGCAGCAGUGGCGAAGACGGUGGUGGUGGUGCCAGCGGUGGUGGUGGAGGCAGCGGCGGUGGUGGAGGCGGCGGAGGUGGAGGCGGUGGAGGCGGCAGCGGAGGAGGCGGUGGUGGUGGAGGAGGUGGAGCUGGUCGAGGUGGUACCCAGCAGCGUAGCGGCGGUGGUGGUGGCCAGCGCUCGCAGCGGCAGCAGCAGCAGCGCUCGCGGGACAUCCCUCCGCCUCAACAGCUUCGUGAGUGGUACGCUGGGCGUCAGAGGGGUGGGGGUACUGGUCCCUGCACCUACGUUCUUCGUUCCGGCGACCGCGCGGGUGAGCAGUGUGGGGGUGCCCACGCCACCCAGCGCUGCUUUGGCCGCCUGACGGACGCUUGGCGUCAGCAGUUCCCUGGGGCUAGUGAGAUCCCUCGCUGGGAUGAGCUUCUCAGGGCUGGUGUAGCGAUCUUUGAUCUUGAUUUUGAUGCUAUCCUUGCUGCUAUGUAUGUUGUGGAUUAUAGUGAGGAGAAUGAGGGUUACCGUUGUUUCCAGCCCGACCCGGGCAUUGGUACUGCUGCGCUAGGUGCUUGUGAGGCUGCUGCUCUAGGUGCCAGUGCGUCUGUGCUCUCAGGUACUGGUGAGACUGCGCUCAUAG